AUGGUCGUGUACCUCGACGACAUUCUAAUAUAUUCUAAGACCUUAAAGGAUCACAUUAAACACCUCCGCUGGGUACUCUCAAGACUUCGUACUCACAAGCUCUAUGCCAAGGCAGAAAAGUGUCAAUUUCAUUGCAAAGAGAUUUCUUUCCUAGGGUAUGAUAUCUCCCCUGACGGUAUAAAGAUGCAACAUAAGAAGGUAGAUACUGUUUUGGACUGGCCUCCACCAGCCAACAGGAAGGAUCUGCAACGCUUCCUUGGUUUCUCCAACUACUAUCGAAAAUUCAUCAAGGGAUUCUCCAAGAUAGUAAAACCGUUAACCCAACUUACAACCCAGUCCAAACCCUUCAUUUGGACCAAGGAAGCAUCCACAGCUUUUGACUUCCUCAAGAAUAGUUUCUCUACAGCACCUAUACUCCGAUUCCCUGACGCCUCAUUACCAUAA